CGCGUCUUCAGCGGCGACCCGGGAGAGGGCGGGAGACGACACACGCGGCGAGGGAGAGAGAGUGCGCGAGGCAGUCGCAGCAGACGGGAUGAAGCGGGAGCACACGGACCGUCUCCUCCGGUAAACAAGCGGAGCAGGAGUCUGGAAAUCACCGGCGGAAAGCGGAGGGGGGGAUUUCGGGGACGCAGCCAUGGCGACGGGAGGAGGAGGAGUGAGGCGGAGGAGGAAAGCGGGGCUCCCGGGAUUCUGCUGGAAAACCUGCUACUUUCCCAUUUUGUUCUGGGUCGUUUCCGUGUGCGGAGAGGAGAAGACGUUCAUUGUAGAGACGUGGCUGAAGAACUAUGGCUACCUGCUGCCUCACGACGUCCGCACAUCAGACCUGCGGCAGGAGAAAGCCAUGCAGUCUGCUGUGGCCGCCAUGCAGCGCUUCUACGGCAUCCCCGUGACGGGAAUACUGGACGAGACGACUAUAGAGUGGAUGAGGAGACCGCGCUGUGGCGUCCCGGAUCAUCCUCACACCAGCCGCCGGCAAAGGAAUAAACGCUACGCUCUGACGGGACAGAAAUGGAGAGAUAAAAAGAUCUCAUACAGCAUAUCUAACUUCACCCCUAAAGUGGGGGAGAAGGACACCCAGAGAGCGAUCCGACAGGCCUUCAACGUGUGGCAGACCGUCACUCCGCUCUCCUUCCAGGAGGUGCCAUACUCAGAGAUCAAGAACGAGGGUAAGGAGGCGGACAUCAUGAUCUUCUUCGCCUCUGGUUUCCAUGGUGACAGCUCUCCGUUCGACGGAGAGGGUGGUUUCCUCGCCCACGCCUAUUUCCCCGGCGCUGGCAUCGGAGGAGACACACACUUUGACUCUGACGAGCCCUGGACGCUGGGCAACGCCAACCAUGAUGGUAAUGAUUUGUUCCUGGUGGCGGUUCAUGAGUUGGGUCACGCGUUGGGCUUGGAGCACUCCAACGAUCCCAGUGCCAUCAUGGCUCCGUUCUACCAGUACAUGGACACACACAACUUCAAGCUGCCCCUGGAUGACCUGCAGGGCAUACAGAAGAUCUACGGUAUCCCCACAGCCAUGCUGGAACCCACCAGGCCGUUGCCCACCUUACCUUCUCGGCGGACGCACUCCACCUCCGAGCGCAAGCACGACCGUCACUCCCGUCCCGCGCGCCCGCCCGGCGACCGGCCCGCACUGCCUGGAAACGGCAAGCCCAACAUCUGCGACGGCAACUUCAACACCGUGGCCUUCUUCAGACGGGAGAUGUUUGUCUUCAAGGACCGGUGGUUUUGGCGUCUGAGGAACAACAAGGUGCAGGAGGGUUAUCCCAUGCAGAUCGAUCAGUUCUGGAAAGGCCUGCCACCUCGCAUCGACGCUGCCUACGAGAGAUCUGACGGCAAAUUCGUCUUCUUCAAAGGUGAUAAGUACUGGGUGUUUAAGGAGGUCACGGCCGAGCCCGGUUACCCUCACAGUCUGGCGGAGCUGGGCAGCUGCCUCCCCAAAGACGGCAUCGACGCGGCGCUGCGCUGGGAGCCAGUCGGAAAAACGUACUUCUUCAAAGGGGACCAGUAUUGGCGCUACAACGAGGAGAAGCGCACCGCGGACCCAGGGUACCCCAAACCCAUCACCGUGUGGAAGGGAAUACCGGACGCACCACAGGGGGCCUUCAUCAGCAGGGAGGGAUACUACACCUACUUCUACAAGGGGAAGGAGUACUGGAAGUUCGACAACCAGAAGCUGACGGUGGAACCCGGAUAUCCAAAGUCCAUUUUGCGCGACUGGAUGGGUUGUGACCAGUCCGACGUGGAGCAUUCCGGUGGCAACGGUAACCGCGGUGACCGCCAGCUGCCCCUCGACGACGUGGACAUCAUGGUGACCAUCAACGACGUGCCGACGACAGUCAACGCCAUCGCCGUGGUGAUCCCUUGCAUCCUGUCGCUGUGCAUCCUGGUGCUGGUGUACACGAUUUUCCAGUUUAAAAACAAAGGAGCGCAGCAGAGCACCAUGACACAGCACUACUACAAAUACCCUGUUCAGGAGUGGGUAUGACAGGCAACUUUCCUUUGAAGGGGUCAAAGUUCACGGAUCAAGUGGUACUCGUAUUGUUAGCCAGCUAAUGUUGGCUAAUGGCUAUGAACACUAGCAGAGGACAAUGGAAAGUCAGUACUGAAAGACGCUAAUUGGCUAGCUAGAGACUCGUGCCUGUCUUGUGACACAAGCACUUCGGUGAAGACACUGACUUUGUCUUUUUAAGGAUGCUUAAAACAAACGGAGAGAACAAGUCCGCAAAUGCUCCAGGAGGAUAUGAUUGGCUAAGGACAUACAAAGGAGAUCUUUCAGUCUUGCUCACCUGACUUGCCCAAAACUUCUCUGGCUGAGUGAAAUGUGGUCUUUUGAGCGAUACUGAACUUUGACCACCUCUUCUCGGACCUACAACACACAACUCUCCUUCUCAGUGAAAAUAUAAGAAAGAGGAAGAGCAGCAGAAUAAGCUCCUCUAAGCAAGACACCUCUUCCAAGUUUGUUCUAACAACAGCGUGUACACGUGAACUACCUUAACUAUUAAGUCAGAUGAACUUUAAUGAAAAAAAAUAAGAAAAAAGAAAUGGUUUAAAAAUAUCAAACUUGAAGAUAAAUGUAGGUAGAAAGGCCAUAUCAAAAAGAAAACGAGGAUCUCUCUGUGGAUUACUGACUUCUGUUUAAUUUAUUUUCAGUUGUAUGGAGAUGUAAAACUGUCAAAGAGGACCUUUUUCUCUCUCUUUUUCACCAUACACGACAAGAACACUCUCAUCAGCAUUAACACAGACCUUUGUCGACUUCAGCCCCCCUCAGUCAAACGAAAACCUUUUUAAGAGUGUGGUGAUCUACACAGCUUGGACCGCUGGGCCUUGGAAAACGUAGAAUAGCGAGUCGUCGGCAUAUAGUGAUAGAAUAGCUCAACGACAGUUCAACAGCCUUAUCUCUGUCGCAGCAGACCUAACACGUCUGCUCAUAUUUAACAAGCUGCUCACAGCCAGGGCCCGUAUUUAUCAAGCCGCCAAAAGUGAAAAAAUAAUAAAAAGUAAAAAAUCCUUCUCUUUUGCUCCCACUCGCCAACUUAUAACGGUAUAAGAGCUAUUUAUCAAAUUUCUUACAACUUAAAAUUUUAAGAGAGUUAUUUAAGAGUAGGCAACAGGUGAGCACACACCUUCUGAGACAUGUUUUCAGUAAUUGUACAAAGUAUCAUCAGUCAUGAGGAAAAGUAGAUUAGCUGAAGUAGUGUAAUUCAGGGAAAUCCGAUUGCAUUUUAUUCAAACGUGAUAGGAUGUUACACCACUCUUUCUCAGAAUUGGACUUUUGUUGCCAU